AUGAUACUGGCCUGCUCCGAAGGCCGGAGCAACACCGCCGUGGGCGCCGAUCUGGGGGUGUCCGACGCAACGGUGGGCAAAUGGCGUUCGCGUUUUCUGGAACAGCGGCUGGAUGGACUGACGGACGAGCCCCGCAGCGGUCGGCCCCGAGCGGUUACCGAUGAUGAUGUGGAACGGGUGAUUACGCUGACGUUGGAGACCACACCUAAAGACGCCACCCACUGGAGCACUCGGUCCAUGGCGCAGCGGUCCGGCCUGAGCCACAACACCAUCAGCCGCAUCUGGCGUGCCUUCGGACUGCAACCCCACCGCACCGAGACGUUCAAGCUGUCGGCGGACCCCUUCUUCAUCGAGAAGGUGCGGGACAUCGUGGGGCUUUAUCUGGACCCGCCGGAUCGGGCGUUGGUGUUGUGCGUGGACGAGAAGUCCCAGAUUCAGGCCUUGGACCGGACCAGGCCGCUGUUACCCAUGCGCCCCGGACCGGCGGAACGGCGCGCCCAUGAUUACCUGCGCCACGGCACCACGUCGUUGUUCGCCGCGCUGGAUGCCAAAACCGGUAAGGUGAUCGGCCAAUGCCACCGACGCCACCGGGCCGUGGAGUUCCGCAAGUUCCUCGAUACCAUUGAGGCCGAAGUGCCCCUUGACCUGGACGUCCAUCUCAUCGUGGACAACUACGCCACCCACAAGACGGCGCUGAUCCGGAACUGGUUAGCCAAGCGGCCACGGUUCCACCUGCACUUCACGCCGACCAGCGCAUCCUGGCUGAACCUGGUGGAGCGGUGGUUCGGGAUGCUGACCGAGAAGCAGCUACGGCGAGGGGUGCAUCAGAGCAGCGGGGCACUGGAAGCCGCCAUCUACCGCUAUCUUGACCUUACCAACGAAAACCCCAAGCCCUUUAUCUGGACCAAGACCGCCGACCAGAUCCUGGCCAAGGUCGCCAGUUUUUGCAGGCGUACUUUAGAUACAUGA